ACCCUAUUAAGUAUAUGCAGGCCUAUUUAAAGCAAUACCUUCGUAGAUAAUAUCCUAAACCGUUCAAAUUCGAAAAUAACAAGCUCGAUAUUGAAGAGUUGAGGGCUGUACUGCAAAAGGCGUGGCCAGCAGUGCCGGACGACCUGAUUAAGCGGCUGCUCACCACACUGGAGCGCCGGCUUCGUGCGGUCAAAAGGGCCCACGACUGGUAUACGAAAUAUUAAUCUCUACACGCCAAGCUUCGUUUCGGCUUUAUUUUGUGUACAUAUCGCAUAUAUGUAUUGAUAAAUGGCCAAGUGCCAGCUGUAACACUGUGCCCGUUUGUGUGUUCUAGAGGGGUGGUCCCAGACAUUUGGAACAUGGCUGUAUCGCAUUCUCCCGCCGUCGCUGCCCUCUACGUCUUUUGUUCCUACAAAUGGCUAUUUUCAUAGUUGGGUAUGUCAGAUGAAACCAAACAAAUAUUCCAACAUAACCCGCGGCUAUGGUGCCGGCUCCAUGACCCGGCCGGAGCCGGCAGCACAGGUGAAGCAAGACCCAAAGCUCAGCAUCUGGUUUUCUCUCGCAACCAUGACCAGCCUUGUCCUUUGUCUCGUGGCCGUAAUUGUUGUCGUCCGCGUCGUUGAUGGCGAAUCUAUCACCUCAUGGACGGUCGGCCCAACAGUUAUUCUCACGGUUCUCUCAAACCUCAUUACCAUGCUGCUAAGCCUCAUGCUUACAACAAGCAUAACUAUAAGAUGGUGGAGAGAGGCUCAACGCGGGGCAGGGCUUUCACAGCUGCACCAAAUAUGGGCAGUCAAUCGCAACCCUCUCUUCCAGCCGCAUAAGUGGAGGUAGGGUAUCUUUCGAGGGGGUCCAACAGCCAAGCUUUUACUAGGCCCUAUACUCAUCACGGUAUCGUCCUUAGCGGUGCCGCCACUUCUGCAGCAAGUUAUGAGGCCCCAGGCUUGAAAAGAGAUGGAAAACACGGGAGUUAUCACAAUGGAUAUCAUCAGCCCCCUGCCCAGCGGUUUGACCGGUACCGUUGACAAGGACACCAUAUCAGCUUCCUUGGACUAUAAGGCGGCGGCGACAGCAUGGUACAACAAAGAUACAAUUGCCCUUGGCCAGGAACCGUCAUAUCAUAUCAAUGUGAGGGAAACAACGCUGCAUGCAGUGGUAACAUCUCAGGCCCCGGCAUUGCUGCACUUGGAUUUGAUGUUCCCGUUGAAGGAGCAAAAGGAGGGCACAUAUGCCUAACCUGUCUGUAUUGUAGCUAACUCUGG